CUCGCAUGCGCAUGCGCACGCCCCGCGUGCUGCCUGUGCGCGCCCUUUAAAAUACAUCGAGCGGGCCCCGGAACGUCUGCAUAAGAUCGGCAGCGCCGCAUAUAAAAAUUGGAACGAGCAGCCAUCGCUGCCCUCAUUUUUAGAGGGAGAGCACUGACAGAGGUGCUGCAACAAAACCCCCAGCGAACGCACCGGAGCCGGAAUAAGUGUGUUAGCGAUGCGCCUGGCAGCGCUAGUCGCAGCGCUAUACCCCGCGGCUGGGCUGCGCCUCACGAGACGCGCGCUCAUACCAACCGCGACGGCACUCAUCACAACAAAACCGGCGUUCGCCGACGAGGAAGCCGACGUGAAACCUAAGAGGGUCCAAUACGGCCCGGGCACGGUCGAGGUGCCGGGCACGUGGAAGAUCGACGGCGAGAGCAUCUCCGAGUCGAUAUUAGGGACAAUCACGACGUCCGUACGGGCGCGGAGCGCGUCCACGCAAGCGCAGUCCAUCGACCAGUUUGGGAACAUAGACAAAUUAGACCUGACGAAGCUGGGGCUGCGGGGCAAUAGAGGAAACGGCGACGUUGUUGCGGCCAAAAGGCGACAAGACGGCGACCGCCUCUUCUACGAGUGGGACCUCGCCGUGCCCCCCACGAACGGCUGUGCUAGAUCAGAACAGGAGUUGAUUGUGUGCCCGCCCGUCGAGGUCGCCCUGGUUUCUGCGACGGUCGCGGACGGCCAAUUAGUAGUGUGGGAGUGCGGCGUGGACCAGCGCCAAUGGAAGAGCUACGGGAAGAGUCUUCGGGCCGUGCGGUCGUCGUUUCGGUUGGGGGGCUAAGGCUCGUCGAAGU